CACACACACCUGUAGGAGGACCUUCAGCAUGAGACCAUAACCUGCUAUAUUAUACACACACCUGUAGGAGGACCUUCUGCAUGAGACCAUAACCUGCUAUAUUAUACACACACCUGUAGGAGGACCUUCAGCAUGAGACCAUAACCUGCUUUAUUACACACACACACCUGUAGGAGGACCUUCAGCAUGAGACCAUAACCUGCUAUAUUACACACACACACACACCUGUAGGAGGACCUUCAGCAUGAGACCAUAACCUGCUAUAUUACACACACACACCUGUAGGAGGAUCUUCAGCAUGAGACCAUAACCUGCUAUAUUACACACACAUACCUGUAGGAGGAUCUUCAGCAUGAGACCAUAACCUGCUUUAUUACACACACACACACACACACACCUGUAGGAGGAUCUUCAGCAUGAGACCAUAACCUGCUUUAUUACACACACACACACACACACACACACACCUGUAGGAGGAUCUUCAGCAUGAGACCAUAACCUGCUAUAUUACACACACAUACCUGUAGGAGGAUCUUCAGCAUGAGACCAUAACCUGCUAUAUUACACACACACACACACACCUGUAGGAGGAUCUUCAGCAUGAGACCAUAACCUGCUUUAAUACACACACACACACCUGUAGGAGGACCUUCAGCAUGAGACCAUAACCUGCUAUAUUACACACACACCUGUAGGAGGAUCUUCUGCAUGAGACCAUGACCUGCUAUAUUACACACACACCUAUAGGAGGAUCUUCAGCAUGAGACCAUAACCUGCUUUAUUACACACACACACACACACACACACACAUACAUACCUGUAGGAGGAUCUUCAGCAUAAGACCAUAACCUGCUAUAUUACACACACACACCUGUAGGAGGAUCUUCAGCAUGAGACCAUAACCUGCUAUAUUACACACACAUACCUGUAGGAGGAUCUUCAGCAUGAGACCAUAACCUGCUAUAUUACACACAAACACACCUGUAGGAGGAUCUUCAGCAUGAGACCAUAACCUGCUAUAUUAUACACACACCUGUAGGAGGAUCUUCUGCAUGAGACCAUGACCUGCUAUAUUACACACAUACCUGUAGGAGGAUCUUCAGCAUGAGACCAUAACCUGCUAUAUUACACACAUACCUGUAGGAGGAUCUUCAGCAUGAGACCAUAACCUGCUAUAUUACACACACACCUGUAGGAGGAUCUUCAGCAUGAGACCAUAACCUGCUAUAUUACACACAUACCUGUAGGAGGAUCUUCAGCAUGAGACCAUAACCUGCUAUAUUACACACACACCUGUAGGAGGAUCUUCAGCAUGAGACCAUAACCUGCUUUAAUACACACACACACACCUGUAGGAGGACCUUCAGCAUGAGACCAUAACCUGCUAUAUUACACACACACACCUGUAGGAGGACCUUCAGCAUGAGACCAUAACCUGCUAUAUUACACACACACACCUGUAGGAGGACCUUCAGCAUGAGACCAUAACCUGCUAUAUUACACACAAACCUGUAGGACGUUUCCACCAUACUCGGUGGAUAGAUGAGUACUUGGUGCUUCUGCUGAGUAACUAGGAAAUCUGCAAAAACAAAUGAGUUUAGAAUUUGACUUAACAAGCUUCAGAGCUUCCUAAAAUUACAUUAAUGCCACUGGGAAUCAGUGAGGUUAUUUAAUGAACCUGCUGAAUCAUUUCUGUGGGAUACAAUUUCUGGGUGUUUUCCAGUAAAUUCAAAAUGAAACCUUCAUAAUUUAGACAAAACUUUCCAAUUUACUUAGACUUAUUUUGUUGUUUUACUAUCAUUUAAAAAGUAAAUGCAGGUGACCUGCUAAGAAGCCUGUGUAUGACAAUCUAUUGCAGUAGUGUUUGUAACUAUGUCUACAUUAGUAUAAACACUUGCAAAUACUGCAUGCUCCUGAGCUUAAAGGGACAGUCUACACCAAAAUUGUUUUUAUUUAAAAGAUAGAUAAUCCCUUUACUACCCAAUCCCCGUUUUUGCAUAACCAACACAGUUAUAUUAAUAUACUUUUUACCUCUGUGAUUACCUUGUAUCUAAGCCUCUGCAGACUGCCUCCUUAUCUAAGUGCUUUUAACAGACAUGCAGUGUAGUCAAUCUGUGAAGACUCCUAAAUAACUUCACGGGAGUGAGCACAAUGUUAUCUAUAUGACACACGAACUAGUACUGUCUAACUGUGAAAAACUUUCAAAAUGCUCUGAGCUAGGAGGUGGUUUUCAACUGUUUAGAAAUCAGUUUGACCCUAGCUUGGUUUAGCUUUUCAAAAAUACCCCCAAGGGAACAAAGCAAAUUUAGUGAUAAAAGUAAAUUGGAAAGUGGUUUAAAAUUGCUGCCCUAUCUGAGUCAUGAAAGUUUAGUUUUGACAAGACUGUCCCUUUAAAGGGACACUAAACCCAGCAUGUUAUUUUCUAAUUUAUUCAUAUAAAAUUUUCUUUGUUCUAUUGCUAUCUUUAUUUAAAAAGCAGGAAUUUAAAGGUUAGGAGCCGGCCCAUAUUAGGUUAGCGCCCUGGAUAGCGCUUGCUUAUUGGUGGCCAUUUCUGAACCAAAAAUGGGCCGGCUCCUAACCUUUACAUUCCUUCUUUUUAAAUAAAGAUGACAAGUGAAUAGGGGUAAAUUAGAAAGUUGAUUAAAAUUGCUGCUAUAUCUGAAUCAUUAAAAAAAAAUUGAGUUUAGUGUCCCUUUAACUAGGAUCACUCAUUUUUACAAAAUAAACCACUAGAACUAAGCAUAGUGGAUAAUAAAAGUAAACUGCAGUUGUGCGAUUACCAUCAAUCAGUUUAUUACGCGUACAAUCAAAUUAAUAUCAAUCUAAUGAACUGUUGUUGGGUGAUGAAUGGACAGGUCCGUGUCAUGGAAUAAACUGCCGGACGUUCAGUCUCUACCUCAGUAAUAGCUUCCUAGAAUACACUGAAGGAACAAGCAUGUGACACUGCACCCCUACUCUUGAUCUUGGCUACCAGAUAGGGAAGCACAAGGAGACAUUUUGAUGUUGUGAGGCCAGGGAAUGGUUUGCUUGUCACCCGCUGCUUCUGAACUAAUAGCUGUUGUCAGGGUGGUCUUAUCCCCUAGUAAUACAGGGGUUUAUCACAUUCCGUGCUAAGUGUGUAUUUACUUCUAGAGGCCACUUGUUCUACAACUACAGCAAUGUCAGAAUAUGCACAUGCUUCACGUCAUACAGGGUAGACCCAGAAGAUCCUGUGUGCUGUGUUGCUGGGUCAGGUUUCCUCAGUCAGUAAAGUUUUACUUCACAAUCCUCACAUUUCACUGAGUUCAUUUGCAAGGUCCAUAGGAAAAGAAAAUACUUUACUUAAUCCCAAAACCUGAUAUUGUGUUGUUUUGGUGCAAUUCCUCCUUUCUAUGCAAAACUGGUGCGUUCCAUCCUGAGGAAGGUAACUGUAGCUCCCUGUGAUUUGCAUCUGCACCAUCUGUCUCUGUACAUCACUCGUCUGUAUUUACUAUGGCUUCAGUCAAUAUGUUGGCUCUCUCUGCUGUCCAAAUGAUAACCUGUCUCCUGGGCUUGGCAACCAAUGGGUUUAUAUUGUUGGUCAGCAUCUGGGCAAAGAUCCAGCAUCGCCUCCCUGCAUCUUCUGAUUACUUCAUAUGCAGUCUGGCCAUGAGCAAUCUCUUUCUCCAGGUGAGCUCGGCAGGCAACUGGAUGUGUGAGCUUUUCCAGGAAAGCCAUCCUUUCUGCAACAUUAUUUAUGUGCUGAAGAUGAUCUCCAGCUCUUGCAACCUGGUACUGAGUUCCUGGCUGUGCGUCUUCUACUGCAGCAGGAUCGUUGUGUUUCACCAUUGCACGCUGAUCUGGCUGCAGAGAACCAUCAAGAGCUCUUAUAAAUACUUCAUCUUCUUCUCUGUGUUCCUGUGUGUGCUUAUGGGCAUUCCAUUGAUGUGGACCAGAAAAGAAGAUGGUUUUACUAUCCAGAGCUUUAAUAGCAGCAUCCCUGGCAAUAAGACAAUUAAGUACACAUACAUGAAUUUAUACAGGACCUUCCUUGUGCUUUUUGUGUAUUGCAUACCCCUGCUCUGUGUUCUCCUCUCUGCUGGUCUCAUAUUGCGGUCCCUAUCAAAACACAUGAGGAGGCUGCAUAUCACUAUGAGAGCAGGCCACGAGGUCCGUAUGGAAGCUCACCUCCAAGCAGGUUACACAGUGCUGUCUUUGUUGAUAUUAUUCAUUGGAUAUUUUGUGAAUUCAAUAAUUAUCCUAAUAGAUGUGUUCCCUGAAGGUGACACACGACUCUUUAUCUGCUACUUAGCCUCGUUUGUGUACUGCUUGGCACAUGGCAUGGUUUUGAUCAGAGGAAAUGUCAAGCUUCGCAAGGUUGCUGCAGGAAUCCUAAUGAAAUAUGCUCAGAGGACAAUGGGUAACACUAGAGAAUAAGGGGUUGGAAACAGAGGAUAAGGGGGCAACACCAGAGAUCAAGGGGAUCACACCAGAAAACAAGGGGUAACACCAGAGGAUAAGGGGAUCAUACCAGAAAACAAGGGGUAACACCAGAGGUUAAGGGGGGACAUCAGAGAACAAGGGUAACAACAGGGGAUAAGGAGGUUCUGCUAGAGGAUAAGGGAAUCAUACCAGAAAACAAGGGGUAACACCAGAGGUUAAGGGGGGACAUCAGAGAACAAGGGUAACAACAGGGGAUAAGGAGGUUCUGCUAGAGGAUAAGGGGAUCACACCAGAAAACAAGGGGUAACACCAGGGGAUAAAGAGGUUCUGCUAGAGGAUAAGGGGAUCACACCAGAAAACAAGGGGUAACACCAGGGGAUAAAGAGGUUCUGCUAGAGGAUACAGGGAUCACACCAGAAAACAAGGGGUAACACCAGAGGAUAAAGAGGUUCUGCUAGAGGAUAAGGAGAUCACACCAGAAAACAAGGGGUGACACCAGGAGAUAAAGAGGUUCUGCUAGAGGAUAAGGGGAUCACACCAGAAAACAAGGGGUAACACCAGAGGAUAAGGGGGUAACACCAGAGGAUAAGGGGGUAACACCAGAGGAUAAAGAGGUUCUACUAGAGGAUAAGGGGAUCACACCAGAGGAUAAGGGGGUAACACCAGGGGAUAAAGAGGUUCUGCUAGAGGAUAAGGGGAUCACACUAGAAAACAAGGGGUAACACCAGAGGAUUGGGGGUAACACCAGAGGAUAAGGAGGUUCUGCUAUAGGAUAAGGGGGUACUGCUAGAGGAUAAGGGGGUUCUGCUAGAGGAUAAGGGGGUAACACCAGAGAACAAGGGGGUAGCACCAGAGGAUAAAGGGGUAACACCAGAGGAUGAGGUUCUGCUAGAGGAUAAGGGGGUAACACCAGAGAACAAGGGGGUAGCACCAGAGGAUAAGGGGGUAACACCAGAGGAUGAGGUUCUGCUAGAGGACAAGGGGGUAGCACCAGAGGAUAAGGGGGUAACACCAGAGGAUGAGGUUCUGCUAGAGGAUAAGGGGGUAACACCAGAGGAUAAGGAGGUUCUGCUAGAGGAUAAGGGGAUCACACCAGAAAACAAGGGGUAACACCAGAAGAUUAGGGAUAACACCAGAGAACAAGGGGUAACACCAGAGGAUAAGGGGGUAACACCAGAGGAUAAGGAGGUUCUGCUAGAGGAUAAGGGGAUCACACCAGAAAACAAGGGGUUACACCAGAAGAUAUGGGGUAACACCAGAGAACAAGGGGUAACACCAGAGGAUAAGGGGGUAACACCAGAGGAUAAGGAGGUUCUGCUAGAGGAUAAGGGGAUCACACCAGAAACAAGGGGGUAGCACAAGAGGAUAAAGGGGUAACACCAGAGGAUGAGGUUCUGCUAGAGGAUAAGGGGGUAACACCAGAGGAUAAGGGGGUAACACCAGAGGAUAAGGAGGUUCUGCUAGAGGAUAAGGGAUCACCCCAGAAAACAAGGGGUAACACCAGAAGAUUAGGGAUAACACCAGAGAACAAGGGGUAACACCAGAGGAUAAGGGGGUAACACCAGAGGAUAAGGAGGUUCUGCUAGAGGAUAAGGGGAUCACACCAGAAAACAAGGGGUUACACCAGAAGAUUAGGGGUAACACCAGAGAACAAGGGGUAACACCAGAGGAUAAGGGGGUAACACCAGAGGAUAAGGAGGUUCUGCUAGAGGAUAAGGGGAUCACACCAGAAAACAAGGGGGUAGCACAAGAGGAUAAAGGGGUAACACCAGAGGAUGAGGUUCUGCUAGAGGAUAAGGGGGUAACACCAGAGGAUAAGGGGGUAACACCAGAGGAUAAGGAGGUUCUGCUAGAGGAUAAGGGAUCACCCCAGAAAACAAGGGGUAACACCAGAAGAUUAGGGAUAACACCAGAGAACAAGGGGUAACACCAGAGGAUAAGGGGGUAACACCAGAGGAUAAGGGGGUAACACCAGAGGAUAAGGAUGUUCUGCUAAAGGAUAAGGGGAUCACACCAGAAAACAAGGGGGUAGCACCAGAGGAUAAAGGGGUAACACCAGAGGAUGAGGUUCUGCUAGAGGAUAAGUGGGUAACACCAGAGGAUAAGGGGGUAACACCAGAUGAUAAGGGGGUAACACCAGAGGAUAAGGAGGUUCUGCUAGAGGAUAAGGGGAUCACACCAGAAAACAAGGGGUAACACCAGAAGAUUAGGGAUAACACCAGAGAACAAGGGGUAACACCAGAGGAUAAGGGGGUUCUGCUAGAGGAUAAGGGGGUAACACCAGAAGAUUAGGGAUAACACCAGAGAACAAGGGGUAACACCAGAGGAUAAGGAGGUUCUGCUAGAGGAUAAAGGGUAUCACAAGCCUACAUAAAACAAGCGCUGGUUACUAAUUGCUAAAAGUACAGCAGAAUUUACCAUCUGUCUAUCUCAAUGUGUAAAUAUCUAUUAUAUCCCAACAGCGGACAAAAGAACCCUGUUCGUAUAAAGUAAAUCAUUUUCAUCCAGCUGCCUUCACCUCAAUACAGAUGGUACAUUAACGCUUACACUGCUACAUUUUGCACGUUCUCCUGAUUUGGUUUCUCACUUCAGCGGUUAUGUAGGCUGGUACAGAGGGGGACAGUGGUAGUCACACAAGUGAUAGGGAUGGCACAAAGGGGGACAGUGGUUGUCACACAAGUGAGAGGGAUGGUACAGAGGGGGACAGUGGUUGUCACACAAGUGAGAGGGAUGGUACAGAGGGGGACAGUGUUUGUCACACAAGUGAGAGGGAUGGUACAGAGGGGGACAGUGGUUGUCACACAAGUGAGAGGGAUGGUACAGAGGGGGCAGUAGUUGUCGCACAAGUGAGAUGGAUGGUACAGAGGGGGACAGUGGUAGUCACACAAGUGAUAGGGAUGGCACAAAGGGGGACAGUGGUUGUCACACAAGUGAGAGGGAUGGUACAGAGGGGGACAGUGGUUGUCACACAAGUGAGAGGGAUGGUACAGAGGGGGACAGUGUUUGUCACACAAGUGAGAGGGAUGGUACAGAGGGGGACAGUAGUUGUCACACAAGUGAGAGGGAUGGUACAGAGGGGACAGUUGUUGUCACACAAGUGAGAGGGAUGGUACAGAGGGAGGCAGUAGUUGUCACACAAGUGAGAGGGAUGGUACAGAGGGGGGCAGUGGUUGUCACACAAGUGAGAGGGAUGGUACAGAGGGGGACAGUAGUUGUCGCACAAGUGAGAGGGAUGGUACAGAGGGGGACAGUGGUUGUCACACAAGUGAGAGGGAUGGUACAGAGGGGGACAGUGGUUGUCACACAAGUGAGAGGGAUGGUACAGAGGGGGACAGUAGUUGUCACACAAGUGAGAUGGAUUGUACAGAGGGGGACAGUGGUUGUCACACAAGUGAGAGGGAUGGUACAGAGGGGGGCAGUAGUUGUCACACAAGUGAGAGGGAUGGUACAGAGGGGACAGUUGUUGUCACACAAGUGAGAGGGAUGGUACAGAGGGAGGCAGUAGUUGUCACACAAGUGAGAGGGAUGGUACAGAGGGGGGCAGUGGUUGUCACACAAGUGAGAGGGAUGGUACAGAGGGGGACAGUAGUUGUCGCACAAGUGAGAGGGAUGGUACAGAGGGGGACAGUGGUUGUCACACAAGUGAGAGGGAUGGUACAGAGGGGGACAGUGGUUGUCACACAAGUGAGAGGGAUGGUACAGAGGGGGACAGUAGUUGUCACACAAGUGAGAGGGAUUGUACAGAGGGGGACAGUGGUUGUCACACAAGUGAGAGGGAUGGUACAGAGGGGGGCAGUGGUUGUCACACAAGUGAGAGGGAUGGCACAGAGGGGACAGUGGUUGUCACACAAGUGAGAGGGAUGGUACAGAGGGGGACAGUGGUUGUCACACAAGUGAGAGGGAUGGUACAGAGGGGGCAGUGGUUGUCACACAAGUGAGAGGGAUGGCACAAAGGGGACAGUGGUUGUCACACAAGUGAGAGGGAUGGCACAGAGGGGACAGUGGUUGUCACACAAGUGAGAGGGAUGGCACAGAGGGGACAGUGGUUGUCACACAAGUGUGAGGGAUGGUACAGAGGGGACAGUGGUUGUCACACAAGUGUGAGGGAUGGCACAGAGGGGACAGUUGUUGUCACACAAGUGAGAGGGAUGGCACAGAGGGGACAGUGGUUGUCACACAAGUGAGAGGGAUGGCACAGAGGGGACAGUGGUUGUCACACAAGUGAGAGGGAUGGUACAGAGGGGGCAGUGGUUGUCACACAAGUGAGAGGGAUGGCACAGAGGGGGCAGU